UAUUCCACACACACCAUAUUUAUUUCAAAGUUAAUUUUCUCUCUCUUCACCAAAGAAAUCUGGAAAACUCUCUCAUUCUCAAACAAACCCUAGCCGCCGCCUCCUCCCUCCCUCAGUGUGUCUCCGGCGGUCGUUACAUUGCUCCACCAUCUUCAUCCUCUCCUUUUCAUCUGUAAUUAUACUCUAUCAAAUUUAUUUCAAGUCAAAGAUGAUUUUAAAUUUCCCUACGACCAUCUUUUCGGCUAGAUCUUGACAUCCACGUACAAGCUUUUGAAAAUCCAUCACCAUAAAAAGAGUCUCCUCCAUCUUCUCUACAAAACCCAUUUAAAAAUAUCAGGAACGGACAACCUUCGCCGGUGACCACCACGCCGGAGCUUGCAACCACCGCCCCGGGAAAGAGCUUACGUGUUUUCAUCCCGAUCUGGGUCAGAAUUUUUACACAAACACUUAAAACUGGGCUGUUGUCUUCAUCAAGGAUGCAAAGAAGUAGAGGCCGAUUUACAUCUACCAAGUCCAACCUUGACGAGUCUGCAUCGGCUGAAAUGAGUUGCGAGGUAAAGAGUGAAGAAUCUGCAGAUGGUUUUCAAAAUGGUGUUCAAAACAAGAGAGUUCGGUAUAAUGUUCGUAGAGAGGUAGCAUUAAGGAUGCAAAGAAAUAAAGGCCGAUUUACAUCUGCCAAGUCCAAGAAUGAUGAGUCUGCAUCGGCUGAAAUGAAUUGCGGAACAAGUGAAGGUUUGAUGGCAGACAACGAUGGAUCCCAACAGCAAGAUAAUGUUUGUAGGCAAUGUAACAUCAGUGAGAAGUGCACGCCAAUGAUGCGGCGUGGACCUGAAGGGCCAAGAACCCUCUGCAAUGCUUGUGGACUUAUGUGGGCAAAUAAGAUUUGCAGGAAAAAUGGGAGGUACUAGAAGACUGGCCGUACAACCUAAGGUUAUAUGCAUAAGUUGUUGGUUGGGAUGAUGAAUUUGACGUUGUUAAUGGAAUAAAUACAAUUCCAUCCAAUGAAGUUGGAGAGGGAAAAUAAGAACUUACUCAUGAUGGAUGGCUUUGAUGAUGUCUUGGAUUUUUACAAUUCAAUGUAAUUUGUUGUGAGUUAUGUAAGUUAUAUGUUACAUAAUUCUAGUGUUGAUUGAAUGAAAGUUUAUGUUAUGUGUUUGCAAGCUGUAACAAUUCGAACAAGAAUUAAGGUUAUGAAUUGAUCCUCUUUUUUAUAAUUGUUUUGACGAUGAUGACACAGAAUACCAUAAACAUAAGUUUAUGCCAUGGUUAUGAAACAAUUUCUGUAGCA